CGCAUAAGUCAAUAAACACCAACUUGUCUCACAUGUCUUUCCUGUUUGGUAUGGUAUAUGUCUCACAUGUGUAGUGUAGUAAUCUUUGCAAUCUCAAAACGGAUUUACAUGUCGAAGUUAUGUAGUAUAUAUGUGUGAAAACAACAUUAUCAAAUAAUCUAAUUAGGUAGAGAUUGUAGGAUAUUAUUUCUUGCGAUGAUUACAAAUCGGAAACAUCUCUCAUUUUUAUAACCCAUGUGUCAGAGUUAUUUUAAAAAUUAUGAUUAGUCCAUAUCAUUUACAUGUAUCUCCGCCGUGUGAUUGAUUUCAUAUUAUAUUGGAUUUACAAAAAAAAUGGUGCUUCUUGUUAGGGAAUAAUAAUAUGGAAAGAAAGGGGUAAUAAUUUAGGGAGAAAUUUUGGGUUUCCGACAAUAUGUCUGAAAUGAUAUAAUAUUUUGAAUAAAGACAUCGAAGGAUCCAAAAGGGUCCUCGCUCACCAACAUACACUGAGUGGGGGAAUAAAAACGGUUUAUUUAGCAUUAUACUUUAGGUUUUGUUUUCAAAAUGUAUCCUCAAAACAAAUGCAUGGUUUUAUUAUCCAGAGUCCAUGCACCACUUAAAAGUGGGGAACACACAUGUGUGUGCAUUUUCCUUCACUGGCUGAGGCACUUCUCAAAGUAAUUAAGAACCAAAGUUAUCAUUAAAGGAAAGCAAAGAGAUAUUUAGCGAAUUAUGUACUUUUCUAGUUUAAUUUGUCACAUGUACAUUUAAAAGUUUAAUUUGUAAUUGGCUAGUUUUGAAAGUGUGUUUAGACAGAUGGAUAAUAUUGGUUUUAUCUAAGACAUAAUGUUCUUAGAUCCUUAAUAAAGUUGGAGGUUUAAAAGAAAACAUUUUUGGUUUAUUAAUAUCAUACAUGAAUUGCUGUUGUUUUAAAAUAGUUAAAAGUUUAGCAUUAUAUCGAUUAUUGAUCGUGGAUAGUGUAUCAUGAAUUGUCUAUCAUUGAUCAGUGAAUCCUAUGCUAACAAUUAUUAGAGGCAUAUAGAGAUUGAAGACAAUUAAUAAUCAUAUGUUAACAAUUGUAUUGCUUGUAAAAUCGCUCUCGUCUGCCUACUAUCUCACCAGCAAAUCGUAUCAUGAUAACCACGUAGUGGUAGCAUAUAGUGAUAAUUUUUUGGGCUUGGUACGUACUUAUAUCAUUUUUGGGUUUGAUUUCUUAUAAGAACUAAAUUAUCAUUAUUUGAUUAGUCUUGGUUUGGAUUUCGGUCCAAGUUUAAUAUGAUGGAUCGUAAAAUGAUCGGUCCAUCCUCUAGCAUUAGUCGGAAGGUAUUUCAAACUCAGUUGAGACAGUGUGGUAGCUAAUCUACUCUGUAGUACUAAAUGUAUUCUUUUCGGGACCGACUUAUCAUUAUUUGGCCAGCCUGGGCUUAGACUUCGAUUCAAGUGGUUAACAUGGUGGAGCAUAACAGAUGAUCGGUGCAUCUCUGCCAUUUGUCGGAAGGUAUUUAAAUUUAGGUCUGAUAGUGUGAUAACAAGUCCACUCUAUAGCACUAAAAGUGUUUUUCUUGGGAACAACCGGAUCAGCCGAUAGAAUAUAUAUAUAAAAAGAAUAUCAUAUUACGAUACUAGAGGUGCGGAAAGUUUGCUUUCAUAAAAUAUUUUUAACACUUGUUUAAUUUUGAAAAUGUUUGAUUAUAUAUUGGUUAUGAAUGUCACUAAUAGAGUAAAAAAAUUGGCGAGAAAAUAUUUACCCUAUACCCAGCUCAUAUGUUACCAAUUAAGUAAAACAAAAGUUCAUAACCUGUGCUGGUUACUAAUUAAAAUGAGAAAUAGGUUAAUGUUUUUCCUUCAUUGUUUUUGUAGAGGGAAAGAAGUUAUAAAACUACUUUCAAUUUUUCACUCUAGUUUUUCCUUCCACUUACCCUACUUUAUUUAUUCCAAGUUACUCUAUGACUUACCGAUCACACUAAUUAUGUAGGAAUCAUUAUUUAGGUGGUUCCUCUUCUUUCUUUUUAAUCUUAUAUGACCAGUCUAAUAUGACCAGUUUUAUCAAACUGCUGCAGAAUCGCAUAGCCUUUAGUGACCAUGGUUACCACUUACCAAGAUGGUUAUAACAAGAAAUAAUUAUCGCCAUCAAUAUAUUAAGUUAUUGUAUCAAAAAAUAUUUUGUAAGUGCUAAAUAAAACGGUGUUUUAAAGAAAAUUGUCCUUUGGCUUUUAAGAAAUUAUUUUGUUCAUACGCUACCUUGCUUCUCCGGCGACCUUUCUGUUGGAAGUUGCUCCGCAUUCCGGCUUGUCUUGCCUCGGAGCUCCGGUUUUAAACUGCAGUCGACAUGGCACCUUUUCGGAGGAAGGUUCCAGCGCGUUUCAUUCGGUGACGGCCAUUUCCUCUUUUGCCUCUUUAAUCAUCGUUUAGAGUUUCGUGUCUUUUCCGGUUUAGAAACUGGUUAUUGCUUAAGUAGUUUUAUUUUUUUUUUUAAUUGUUUUCUUUUAUUUUAUUUCCAGCUGUACCCAUAAAAAAAAUUAAUACGAAAGCCGUUAAAAGAAAAAAAAUUGAAGAAGAACCAAAGCCUUCAAUUUUUUGGGAAAGAAAACUUAGUCGCCUAAACGGUAUGUAUACGCCGGAACUGGUCCCAUGAGUUAAAUGGUUCAUUUACAGCUUGACGCUUUGACGUGUGAAGAGUCCGCCGAAAAAUAUGAAGUUGAAGUUCUUCUCUAUAUCCUUUUCUCCUUUUUCAUCUUUAUUUGGACUCUUCCGGCGACUUCCGCCAAUCUUUUCUUGCGCAGUUCUAAUUAAUAUUAUCUUUAGGUUUAAUAAGAAGACUGAUAAAUAUUUUUUUCAUUUCUUUUAUAAGUAGACAAACUAGGAGGUGGUGUAUUUAAGUAUUAGUAUUUUGGUUAUAUGAUUAAAAAGACAGUUGAUGCUCUUAUGUCGGCCUAUUAUAAUUAAGAUAACAUUAUUUUUUUUUUUUUGGUCAAAAUUAAGAUAACAUUAAUAGCUAUAAAAAUAAGACAAAUCUACGGGAACUCACAUGCUGUAACAGUAGUCGCCAAAUACAAUGUAAAUAAAUCUGCACAAAAGAAUAAUGCCGGAGUCUAGUCUAACCACAAUAACAUGACAAUUUUUUUUUUACAAUUUAAUACAUAUGAUUUUGUAACAUGUUAUGUGGAAAGGGAUUUGAUAAUUCGAAAGAAAUAGUAUACUAGCUUAGCCAAAUUACAUACCUACCAAAUAAGAACUCGUGAAGCCGUUUUUAAAGUUCAUGAACCAUCUCCUUUAGUUGUUGAACUAAUUUAUUAGUAUAAAUAAGUGAUUAAGUAAAGUUUAAAGUUUUCAUUAAUUUAUAUUGUUCUUGGACACUAGUUCGGUGAGGAUUCACAGUCUUCACGUUAAUUUUCCCAGAUGGAAAUGCAAUAUGAAAAAUGUUUCAUAUUAGAAUUUCAUGUAUUCAAACUCGAACUUACCCGAACAUGAAUAUCCACCGUGAAUAUUGUUGUCGCAGAUAUGUUGUGAUCAUCAAAUAACAUAACUAAAUAAUGAUAGUCUAGUGGUGAGAGGUAAUUUGAGACAAAUCAUAAACAGUGGCUGAGACUUGAAGUUAAGACAUGUGGGUCAAAGGGAGAGACUUUGAACAAUUCACCACAAUAAUAACUGUGUAAAUAAGCCUAAAGCUAAACUUUUAUCAAUUUCAUAUGGGUACUUGACAAAAUGAAGAUGAAACCACGCUUUAGAUUUCAUUUCAAACUCGGACUAAACUAGUUGUCUGUAUUCUUUUUGCGAAAUUAAUUAGUUAGGUAUCGGCCCAGAUAUUUUCAUGCAAAAUAAUAGUGUAUUCACUCGGGAACGUCCUUAUUACUCCUUACCAGAAUGUAGUUAAGCCGUUACCAAAAUUUUCUUAAAAUAGAAUCAUCAUGGAGCAAUGAUGUAUAUGGCUGACUGUGAUAACGAAAACUUUUGGAGUGAUAUGAGUAUACAAUUAUAUGUAUUUAAAUUAUGAAAAUCACUCAACUUUAUGUGACACUCGCUUUAUCUUUCUCAUUCAUAAUCAUUAUUUUUUUCGAAGGGGGGGGGGGGGGGGGGGGGGGGGUGGGGGGAUUAUUGGUAAAUGAAUUUUAUGAAUUUUGAAAAUUUUGAGAUUCCAUUAUUGGUUAAAGAAUUUUCAAAAUCCAUUUAAAUCUUUUGUUAUUCAAAAAUUUUAGUUAUUAUUGAUUCUCUAAUUCUAACAAAAUCUUAUGUUAUUGGGAGAUGAAUUCUAUUCAUUUUUACUCAUAAGACUUAACUUUCAAAAUAUCUUACGCAAUUUUGUAAUUUUUAAAAUCCAUGUGAUAAAAAACUAGAAAACAAAAUAAUUAUUCUUACCAAAUAUCUAUUGCACCUUAAAUCUAAAUUAUAUGUCCAAAACUAUAAUUCAUUAUACUUUUACAUUUUAGAACAUAUAAUUAUUUUUAUAAAUAAUUAUCAUUUUGAAUAUAAAUAUUAAUAAUUUUAAAAUAUUUUUUAAAUAGUUUCAAAAAAGUUGAAUUUCAAAAAAUAAUUUUGAGAGCCAAAUCCUCUGUUAUGCGAACAAACCGGAGUUUAGAAAAUAUUUUGAAAAAAAAAUCCAAAAUUAUAAAAAUUAUUAAAAAGUUCAAAUUUGAAAACAUAUAAUUCCAAAUUAUAAAAGAAACUUAUUUAUUUUUAAUUUUUAUUGUUAUAUUACUUAUAUAUAUAAAACAAGGAGUAAAAUCGUCUUUUGCCUUUUUCAUGAAUUUUUUUUAAUUAUUUUUUUUCUCUUUGAAUGCUCUUUUUGUGAUAAAAUUUUUAAAAUGGUCAUUUAAGAAAAAUUGUCCAAUUUUGUAUGUAUCACUAUUAUUUAAUUUUUAAUUUGAAAGAAAAAAUAAAUAAUAAUGCUAUAUGAUCUAGAAAAUAAAUAAAUUAUAUAUCUACUUUACAAAAAAUGAUAAAAAUAGGUAAUACAAAUUCAUGAAAAUCUAUACUAAUCCAAAAAGUUAUGAUCAAAUUUUAUAAGCCCAUUUAUAUAAAUUUCACAAUCCAUAUAACUUUUAAAAUCUAUCAACUCUUAAAAUUUACAAACUCUUCACAAAUUCAUUUCCUGUUGACCCCCAAUUAUAGGAAACAUAUUUAGAGUAAUACUCGAUUGCGAUUCGAAUCAGCUGAUAAGAUACCUGAGGUUUAUCAAUUUUCGUUUAAAAAAUAUAUAUAUUACCAAAACCAAUAAAUAAUUACUAAUGUACCCCUGUCAACUUAGUAUAAAGAACCCUACUCCCCCUCUUUCUUCGACAUCAACAUCUUUCUCCUUCUCUCUCCCACUCACCGGAAAACUCAUUCCGACGUACAUCUCAGGCUUCAGAUUCUCCAAACCUAUUGGAAAAUGGCGAAAGGAGGUAACAAACUGAUGAAGCUAAAGUCAGUCUUGAAGAAGUUCAACUCGUUCAACACCAAGCCAAACCAGCAACCGGCUCCGACCAAUCACGGUCGAUCCUCCGCCGUUAGUGCAUUUCCCUCAGGAGACCUUCACACCGUAUACGUCGGCAGAACACGUCGUCCUUACCAUGUGAGCUCCGACGUCGUGAGCCACCCUCUCUUUCAGGAGCUAGCUGCGGUGGAUGGUGGAUGUGGCGGCGAGGACGGUGCGAUCGCUGUGUCGUGCGAGGUUGUCUUGUUUGAGCAUUUGCUUUGGAUGCUCGAGAACGCCGACGCCGACGAGUCACGCCCCGAGUCGGUCCACGAACUUGUCGAAUUCUACGCUUAUUAACUUACGAUUAGUUUUAGGUGCAAACAUAUAUAUAUAAUUAAUGAUUUGUGUUUUGUAUAUUCUAUACUCUGUAUACUUUACACAGUCUUUUGUUAAAAUCUUUCUUUUCAUUUAAGUGAUACAACAACCAAUAAAUAAAUAUUUCAAUAUGUAAACAUUGGCUUGCAGUUUGUAAUAUAAAAAUGCUUUUCUAUUAAAAAAAAAAGAUUGCAACGUCAAUGUAGUCAUGUAUAUCAAUCAAUUGAUAGACUGGAUAUAUAUAUACUGGGAGCUAGGUCGGUCAAAUUAAUGAGUUAUUGACUUGACUCUGCUGGUGGCUGGCGCGAACACGAUCAAUAACGGUUUACAAAAUUUAAGCCCUCAUCAAAUAAUUUCAUUUAAUUUAUCUUAGAUAGAUUGGCCCAUAUAAAUUUUAAAUAUUUUAUAAAUUUAUUUGCUUAUAAUUAAUAUUUAUGACAAAUAUAUGCGCGUAUACGUAAUAUAUAUAGUGGAUAUUAUGUGUAUGUAUAUAUCAGUAUAGACAGACACCUAAACGGAGUAUAUACGGAUAUAGCGCCUAGUCGUAUAUCAAUGUAGUCAUGUAUAACGCGUUAGAGUAUAACGCUUAGUUGUAUAGGCGGACGCCUAAACGGGGUAUAUACAGAUAUAUGUUCUUACACAAAAUAUAGGUAUAAGAAUAAUAUAUAUACAUUAUUUUUGAAAAAACUGAACAUAAAUAUAUUUUAAAUCCAAUUGUAUGUAUAAGUAUAUAGUAUAACAUAUACAAAUAGUUUUAAAUUAUAAAAAUUAAAGCCAUUUUAAAUAUAUAAAAGAUGAUAAAUUUAAAAUGAUUUUGCAACAAUUAUACUAAUAUCUACAAUCAUAUAAAUACAUAAAAUAAAAAAAAGUAAUAUAAAUAAUAACAUUAAUAAAAUAUAAUAAUAAUAUUAAUAGUUUUUUUGAAUAUUAAUGCUUAAAAUCCGUCUAGGCGUCUGCGUAGAUCGCAUGAUGUCUGCCUAAACGCUAUUAUUCACUCGAAUUAUAUAAAUCUGAAUAAAACACUGUAUAACAUAAAAAUAAUACAAUUGGUUACCGUAUAGCGCCUUGGCGCUCGCCUAAACUGCAUUUUAGAACACUAGUAUAUAUAUAUAUAUAUAUAUAUAUAUAUAUAUAUAUAUAAAUAAGUAGUUUGAACUUUGAAAGAGUCUAGAGUCAGUUUUGAAGUUUGAAAUAGUCUAAAGUCUCUACUGAUGUGUACUGAGAUUUACCUCCUUUAUUCCCGAAAACAAAGAUUUAAUGAAUGAGAAAAUAUAUACGUAACAGACAAUAUCUAGAUGAAAAUGUCUCUUACAAAAUUCAUGUAAGAAAAUCAUUUUGUUUGGUAAAAUGAAAAGCAAAGAGAAAUAAAAGCAUAUAUUCUUCUCCUUUUUUGAACAAAAUUUUAAGAGAUAAAGCCGACGAAAAAGUUGCCAAAAAACUAUAUUUCCCUCAAAA